CCAACUCCGGCAGACUGUUCUCGGGCACGCUGUGACAUUGUCUUUGAUAUCCAUUGUCCGCCAGAUAGUCUAAAGAUAGAAGCUCAACGGGAAGAAGGUGAAUGCUGCCCUCGCCCCCCUCAGUGCUUAUGUGACAUGGGGGCGUGUCAUGAUGUUAUUUGUGCUGAGGGUUACCAGUAUCAUGAGAUGAGUGCUGGUAAUGGCAGGCCAGGAUCCUGCUGUGCUACAUAUGAAUGCAGGCCAAUCAUGGACCCCGAUCAUUGCAAUGGAGUUGUUUGUCCGGAUAGCUCUGAAGAGAUGUGUCCUCAUGAUUCUAAGGCUGUGAUGGGAGGAAUGUCAGAUGAUGGCUGCUGUAUCCUACCAAGCAGAUGUAGCUGUGCCCUAGAGCGAUGUAUGACACCAGUCUGUUCUCAGGGUUAUUCUCCUAGGAGAAUAGCCAGUGGUACUCUAGAACCUGGAUCAUGUUGUGAUGUCUAUGAAUGUGUUGUUGGUAUUGUAACAGAAGGUUGUACCCACCAUGAACGCAUCUACCGAGAUGGUGAAUCCUGGACUGUAGGUAACUGUAAGACCUGUCAAUGUGAGACUGGUUGGGCACACUGCAUCGUUCAACAAGACUGUAACCUUGAGGAGAAUCAGCUUUGUCUUACUAGUAGACAUGGUAUCAAGAUACAUGGAGAGAAAUGGGAUGAGGAUGAUUGUACUAUGUGUGAAUGUGUUGAUGGCACAUCUGCAUGUAUGACUUCUAGCUGUGUAGUCAGAUGUUACAAUCCAAGAACAGUACCAGGAAUAUGUUGUCCAGUCUGUGAUACUGUGACUAACUUCAUAACCAUGCACCCACUAGAUUGUCCACCACCACAGUCUAACUGCACAUUGCUGUGUCCUUAUGGUUAUGAGAAGGAUGAGAAUGAAUGCCCAAUCUGUCAAUGUCUUCCAGAACCUUUACCGACGCCAUCAACGUCAAGACCAAUACCAACAACAAUGUUGCCUUCAGGUUCAGAAGUAUCAACAUCUACAAGGAAUGAAGCAGCAACAUCAACAAUGACCACACCUUCAAGUACAAGGCACAUAGAAAUUGUUUGUCCUCUUAUAGACUGUGUUGAGAGCUGUAGUAAUGGCUAUGUGACUGACAAGUAUGGAUGUUCAUUAUGUGAUUGUUUACCAGAAAUCAGUGUUUGUGAGGACAUGAGUGAGUGUACUCGGAAGUGUGCCUUUGGUUUCCGUCAAGAUGAGAAUGGUUGUGAUACAUGUCGCUGCCAGCAAUGCAAGCCUAUGGAUUCCUGUACAAAGUCCUGUCUCUAUGGUUAUCAGAUGGGCCGUCAUGGAUGUCUCAAGUGCAAAUGUAGAAAGUGUCCUCUCCUGACAGACUGCAAGAAACUCUGUACACAUGGCUUUGAGAUCAAUGAUAGAGGAUGUGAGAUAUGUAAAUGUCAGGCAUCAAGUGGGUUAGAUCCUAAACCAUCUACUCCAUCUGAAGGUUCAUGUCAAACUUUAGAUCUUGUUGUAUAUGAUGAUGGUGAGAGUUGGCAUGAUGGAUGUCGUCAGUGUUACUGUAGUAAUGGACAAGAGAUGUGUAGUCUAAUAACAUGUCAGGUACCAGCCUGCAGUAAGCCCGUUAUUAGACCUGAUCAGUGCUGUCCAACAUGCCAAGCAGACUCUGAUGUCACCCAUCAGCCAACUAUUCUCUCUGAGGUUUGUCAAUCAGCCAGUGGUCAAUACUAUAUAGAAGGAGAGACCUGGAUGCUAGGUCAGUGUACCUCAUGCAUGUGCCAUGCAGGACAAGUGCUAUGCUCAUCAGAAGUAUGUCCACCGUUGCCGUGUGUCAAUCCUGUUUUCAAGAAUUCUCGCUGUUGUGCAGAAUGCGAAGACGUGCUUCCUGAGGUUGCUAUUGGUGAGCCUACAUUAGAAGAUACCUGCAUGUUACCUGAUGGAGUAACCUUUCAACAUGGUGCUACUUGGAAGGAAGAUAGCUGUACUAGUUGUCAAUGUAUUGAUGGUGAGAUUAUGUGCUUCUCGCAGACCUGUCCACCAGUUGAUUGUGAUAAACCACUUCUUAAGAAAGGACAAUGCUGUCCAACAUGUCUUGAUCCUGAUACAAGGCUUGUAUGCAAGUCUGGAGGUGACAUCUAUGUUAGUGGAGAAACUUGGAGAGUUGAUAACUGUACCAGCUGUGACUGUGAGGGUAGUAGAGUAUCAUGUACAAUAUCACACUGUCCUGUUAUGAAGUGUGAAAAUCUGGUGCAUGUUGCAGGGACAUGCUGUCCAGUUUGUCAAGAUGAAGACAUAUUUGAACCUGAAACCAAACGACCUACAAAGAUUUCACACACUGAUGAAAAAGAUUUUGAUGCCACUGAGCCGGUUCCAAGCCCUGAAAAACCAAAGACGAGAAAACCUUAUCAUGAUAAAGAUUCCAACAUGUCAGAACAGUCUGGUGAUAAUCAGACGCCUAUCGCUGCCAAACAUCAUCCUUUUCCGGUCUACCCAGUCGUUAUGUCAAUUCUCGUUAUCCUCCUUGCAAUCUGUAUUGUCCUUCUACUUCUUCUUUUCGUCACAAAGCGGCGCCAUCGCUUGCUCUAUCACGUCAAUGUCAAACCCAUCGGGGGUAAGGGUCAGCCACCCCCAGCCAUCACUACUACGGCUGUUAAGACAAAAAACACAGAUGUGAAAAAUAGCAACAACAGAGACUCAAUUCGAGAUUCUGCCAUGUUUAAAGACAAUUUACCAGCAAAGUCAGGUGUUAAUAGUGUGGUGUUAGAUGGGAAGGAUAUGAAGAGGUACAGUGAUUUAUUUGCCGUUGGAAAAAGCAUUCAACCCGUGUGAGCUAGAUGUAUCAUCACAGACUCUUUAUUUUCUCAUUAGCUUGUCUGAAAGACCAUAUGAGAAAUACCACAGAGAUAUGUCAGUAACCUUUUCUUCAUUUGCCAAGAUUUUAAGUGUCAUUGUUAGGAAGACUGUGGUAAUAAAUGCAUCUCUAUGAAGGAAGACCUUCGCUCCUUUGUUUUGUCAACUUAUUCAGAGAAAGUGGUCUGCAGGAACUAUGGAUUCAUGUGAUCGCUAUGCUUGUAAAUCAUAAUAGCCUCUAGUUUUGAUAAACUACUAGCCAAUAUAACUGAUAUCUCUAUUAAUUCAACUUUGGAUUAGCUAUUCAUAAUGUUCAUGAAUGACUGCCCUAAUCUGUCAAAGUUGCAAUGCUGUCUGAUGGCGAGAGUGAAUACCGUUGUCCUAUAGUGUAUAACUGAAGGGUAAAUCCAGAGUGUUUUUAUAUUUAGUGAGGCCAUACAUAUUGUAUGUGCUAUUAUAGACUUCAGAGAGCAUACAUGCGAAUCUGAAUAGCUUUACAUGCACUUGAAAUUCCUGGAGAGAACUGUUGAAGUUCUGUGAAAUUAUUGAAUAAUUGGAUUCAAUUUUUAAUGACACCGCUCUUUGAAUAUACAGCUCUGUGUGAUUCCACUACCGUAUAUUGAUAUCCUCUGUUAUGUUUGGAGAGGAAAUUCAUAGUACAAGAUUCAAAGGAUCACCUUUGUACAGUUGAAACUCACUUAUAGUGCCAUACUUGUGAUAGGAUAUUAAACAGUGGAGGAAACAAUGAUCAUCUCAAGGUGAAAAAUCUUUAGAAUUUUGAAGCAGAAACAUCUGUUGUGCUUGACAUUGUAUGUAUGACAUACCCUUACAUUAUAAUGUUCAUUAUAUAUGUCUGAUCAUCAGUUGUCACAUUUGAAAAACGUAUUCAUUCUUUGAUGUCGAUGUUGGUUUUGUCUGAAAAGGCUGUGAUUUUCUUAUUCCCCCUUCAUCCCUACUUCUUUGCUCUUUCUCUAUCUCUUCUUUAUAUCGACUUGCUAAAUAACUCAAUAGUUUUACAUCGUGAAACAUAUGUAGAGAUACACUACUAAUCAAAAGAAAGAACAUUACUUUGUGUAGAUUGUUAUACAUUCACUGCCAUAAAACCUGUAUGUUAUGUAUAUUCCAAAUCUAUUGUUUUGGAGGAAGAUACAUACAUAAGUAUGGAGCCCAUUUGUGAAAUGUUCAGUUUUCCUUUGACAAUCAAUGCAUUCACUCUUCCUACUAGUGACUGAGUGUUAAUGUGUAUAUAAAACUGAGUCAGAUUUACAAAAAAUGGAAGUUGUAUAGUAUGCAUUGAUCCGUUGUGAUCAUGAAACUUCUCGAGCAAUGAUGAUGUUGGUCACUUGAAAAUGAAAUAGGGAACGUAUUAUUUUAAUUUGUAUGGCGUUAGAAGCAAAGUCGCCCUCAUCUUGUACUUAUUUCAUAUUACUUUAUCUCAUGUAUGUAAUUAAGGAGAUAGGGCUGGUAAAGGAAGAUAUUUGAAAAGUACUAUUAUGUGUGUAUGGGUCAUGAUAGGUUUAUAACAUACAGACAACAAGUGUUCCUCUUCGCUAACCCUAACCAGGAAUUUAUUCUAGGUGAUAUUCUCUUGAUUAACAAUGUUACUCAUAUCUACCAGAAGUCUAAUAUUUAUUAUUAAUCACUAGACUAUGAAAUAAUUCAUUAUGUUGAGUUAUAAAAGUACUAACGAUAAGCUCUUGACUAAAUUCAUGAGCUUUGGAUAUGUAACAUUAAUCUUUACAAGUAUUGAUUUUAUUUGUAACUAAAAUGACUAAUUUACAUUGACUAGACAAAAACAAAUGGUCGCUUGGUUGGCUGAAGGGCUGUAUGUUGUGCAUGACAAGGGUGUUGGGUGUAAUAUGAGCAGCCUGGCUGGCUGAAUGGCAGUGAUUAUCUUUGUUGCUGGUAUAAGGGUGAAGCACACGCUACUGUAUGAUAGGUUGUCUGACAAACAGGAAUGGGGAUUGAUGUAAACACCCUUCUGACAGCCAGAUGACAAAAACUAUUUUUUAAUAACAUCCCAGUGCUAACAACUAUUCUUUAAGAUAAUGAUGUGUAGACCUAGUCUCGUAUCACAAAAGGUUCAAUUAGUGUUGUCUAAUCCAGAUCAUUGUUUGAUCAUUUGAUAGUUACAAAUCUAUGUGAUAUGGGACCCAGUAGUGGACUUAAUUAAAUUCCAUUCAUUCUUUAUCACAGAAGCUCAAGCUCAUACUAACAACUCAAGACUUAUUCUCCAAAGCAUUAUUUCUUUCUCUGUUGAAAUUCUGAAGAGGGAGAUGAAAUAUUAAAUACACUGAAUAUUAUUUUUAACUCUAGAUUUUGUUUGCUUGUUUUCUCUUAAAUUAUUGUUGUUGCCAGUUAGCAUUAACAAAGAAUUUUGCAUUUUUUGACUCUUGAGACCCUUUUGUAAAGGGAUGUUGUACAUAUAUAUACAUAGAUAUAAUAAAAUAUAUAUAUUACUUGUGGCAAGGCUGCCUAUUAAGCAUUGAUGCAAAGGACUGGAGCAGAAAAUAAUGUGAUGAAUUAUUUGUUUGCUUUCUAUGUUUUUUUUUAACUUGUGUGUUGAACUUUUGCACUUUGUGCCUUUUUUAUUUGUCUAUAUUGUAGCAUGAUUAAUUUUAUCUUUUAAAAAGUGUAUCCAGGCAAGGAUCAUAUUGCCAAAAAGUUGCUUUUGUUGAAAUGUCCUGUUUUCACUUGAUAUUGAGAUACAAUUGUUAUUGAUAUGGUAAAAAACUCAAUUUUGAUGAACACACAUUGGUCUAUCAGGCUAUUGCCUUUCAAGCUGCAGGAUAUAGUCACUAUUCUGUCAAUUCAAGUUUAAAACUGUAUAGGUUUUUUAUUUUAUAACAUAAAACUUUCCCAGGUAAUUCUGUUUGUUUACUUAAACUAUUCAGUUUCAGAGAAACAAGGUGUUAUGUCCCAAUUAGUAAUCCUUUUUUUUUUAAAUAUUGUUCUUAAAAUAAUUGGUGCCAUAAUAUACUAUUGAGACAGGAGUGUGGAGAGUUUAUAACAGGGUAAUGUUUAUUCAUUCUCAUUGUGUUCCCUAAACAUAUUUGUAUACUCAAUUUGACCCACCUAUGAUGUCAUGAAUGUAGAUUUCUGCUAAGAAAUUGAACUUUGAUAAUGUAUGUUUCAAGAAUAUAUGGUAAUUAUUAUAGUCUUGAAAAAUCCCCCGAAUUUACUUUGUAUGUGAUAGAAAAAAUAUGCAAGAGUAUUUACAAAAAGUAUAAAUCAAUGCUUGAAUAAGAAUGUUGCAUUCCACCUUGAGUGUGAGAAGUCUUAAAUGACAGAAAUGGUCAUAGACAGUAACUCUACAUGCAAUAUUUGCUUUACUUCCUCUUCUACUAAUAUCAUUACUAUCACACAGCAUACAUUAAUAUUGUUUGAUUAUUUCCUCCUUAACAACAUAUUUUGGCAUAAAAAUACCAAAUAAGUUCACUCCCUAUACCAGUGCAAAAGAACAGACUGUUAAACAUUCUAUUGUUAUUGCAAUGAAUUGUCAUGAAAAAGUCCCAUACUGGUAUCAUGUAGUUAGUUGUUAAAGCAAUUGUGAUUGAAGAAUACAUUGUAUGUUGCAUACUAGUUGGGAUGUUGUCGCCUCUCAAAUGAUCUACUUUUAUUCCAGUUUGAUGAGGUUCAUUUCCAAUCCAUGGUUGUAUGAUACUUCUAGACUACAAUACAUGUAAAUCCUAAUAUAUUUCCUAUUCCUUGUUUUAGAAUAAAAUUCUUAUCUACUUUCUCAUGAAUCUUGCAAUCUUAUUUCUCAUGUAUUCUCUUGACAAUCACUAUUUUUAGAAAAAUUCAUUUUUUUGAAUUGUUCCUGUAAUCAUUUUUGUAUAGACUUACUCUGGUAAAAAAAAACCUUUCAGAAAAUGACUGGAGCAUAUUACUAUUCUCAAAGGGGCAAGAUAUCAAACCCUACAUGAAUGAAUAAUUUCUCAGCAAGUUCUCUGCAGUCAGAAUUGAUGUCAUUACAUUAAUGCAGAAUUGCUCAUAAUGCUCAAAUAUUGAAUCAGAAUGAAAAUGUUUGCAGUAGCAUCUAUUGUUUUAGGUUGAUUUUGAUCUGUGCACACACAAAUAUGUUGCUUUAUAGUAAGGUUGAUUCUACACUUAUGCUAUGGUGGAAAUAUAUUAUGCCAAAUUUGUUUCAAUGGAUUGAACUCAACUCAAUGAAUUUCUUCUUUUAUUAUUUUAUUUGUCCAUGUUGACUCUUUUCUUUGUACAAUAGUGUACUUAUAAUUAUGAUUUUGAUUUUAAAUUUAUUGUACACUGGUUGUACAUAUAUUAUUUUGUAUUAAAGAUCCAUUCAUUCUUGAUUUUUUCUCACCCUCAUUGAUAUUAGGUAUCAAAUUAAUUUCUUUUAUUUCCAGUUUCCAAUGUUUUCAUUGCUUCUCAUUACAUUUAAUGUAUAUACACACUUGCAGACACUUAAUGUCUAUUGCUCAUAAUUAUGUAACUCCAUAUAUUAUUUAAAAAAUGAGCAAUUUUAUAAUCUAAGAAAUUAAGUGUUGUAUAUAUAGCUUUAUGUAAUUUGCGAUUUGCCGGUGGUUUUCUUACUACAAUGAAAACUUUUUCAAAAGCCACAACUCAUUCUUUAUGGAAUUAUUCUAAGCUUAAAAUGAUACUGUACCGAUAUUUGUAAAUUAAUGUCCAAAAUCCUUCAACCAAAGUUAUUUAUUUAUCAUAAAAUGAGUGUAUUUUUCUACUGCGUUUUCUAGAUUUCGUUGUGAAAGUUUCAGAAUACUAAAUAAAAAAAAAUUCAUGACUCUGUUAACUUCCUUUCUAUCUCUUAUUUAUUUAAAAGUAGUGAUUUUCACUGCAUGUAGGUGCUUGAAGCCUUGUACUAUCUGCUGCUUUUUUAUAGUUCAGAAAUUCAUUUUUUUUUUAUUGUUUGCUCCUUUAUUAUUUUUAUAUGUGUAAAUUCCUUUAAAAUUGUGAUUACUUUUUCAUAGUCACUCCUUUAAUUAGUUAACCUCUCUUCAUUUUCAAUCAUCUUCUAAUACUUACUGAUGUGUGAGUGUAUUUGUAUUUCUCAAUUUUUAGACACUUUUUCCCCCUUUCCCUUUUUUGCUUUUCUAUAAUUCUCUCCUUUUGUCUUGCCUGAAUGAAGCUCGGUAGAGACCUCGUAAUCACUUAACCUGUUAGUCUGUUCGAAAAUGUUCAAUUUGUUCUCAUUUCUUAUUUCUGCAUCAGUCAUAUUGACACUUGGUGUAGUACCGAAUGUGUGUCCAUGAUGGUGAUUGGGUCAAAGGUCAAGUUUUAGUUUGAAUUUCUCACAUUUCUUUAUUUCUACAUCAAUUAUGUUGUUACUUAGUACAUGUGAUCCUAGGGUAAUACAAUACGUGUGUCCAUGAGAGUGGUCAGGUCAGAGGUCAUAUAGGGGUCAAAAGGUCAAAUGAUAAUGCUAAAGUUUUUGUCAACUUGUUCUCAUUUCUUUAUUUUUGCAUCUAUUGUGUUUGGAACAAAUAACCAGUAGGUAAUACCACACAUGUGUCCAUGACGGUGCUAAGGUCAAAAGAUCAUAUAUAUUAUAUUGAUCAUGAUAUCAGGCGAGACUCUUGGUUUGAGAACCACCUUGUUCUAUCAACCUCUCUUCUUCUUGGGACCCUCUCACCAUCUUUUAUCCUAUUCCUUUUUAUUUUUUCACAUUCUCUUUCCUUUUUGUUCCAAGUAAUACUUUGUUCAAAUGUUAAAACCCAUCUUUCUGCAUCUUUCUUUUCUUCCCCACUCUAUCUCUCAAGCUUUUCUGAAUUAGGUAAUUGUAUCUUUGUUAAUGAUACCCGCAAGAACCGAAAACAUAACUUAAAAUCCUAUACUUUUCUUUAUUUUUCAGGUAGCCAAGUUAAUAUCUAAUCUUCUUUUUGACAUCUUAAUAGUUUUUCUUUGUUUAUUCACUCUCAUUGUCGCUUUACUUUCUAUCUUUCAUCACUUUGUAAAGUGAAUAUGUAAUUAUCAAAUAUUCACUUUACAAAGGUAUGAAAGAUGCCAUCUUCCCCUUAUUUCAUGUAACUCCCUCCCCCUCUCUCUCUCUUUUAGUCACAUACUUGCAUUCCUGCACAU